UCCGGUGAUUGGUCACAUGACUUUACGUCACAUACCACUUCCUGGUUGUUUUGAGACCGCACAUGUGUAUGUUGUGUUUUUGUUUGCGUAGUCGCGGUUAGCGACUUCAUGUACGUUAUUAACGAUAAUGUGUAGCAAAUAUAACCAUUAUGCGUCAACAACAGACAUGUAAUGUGAGAGAAUACGUAAUUCGAGCAACUAUUUCGUUGGAGCCUCCGGGAGUGUUCGCAUUCAUAUUCUGUCUGUUUGUUUCGCUUCACUAUGGCUACAGCGCGUACAUUUUUGAAUUGCUCUCAGUCAAAUGGAAUUGCUGAAGUUUCAUCAGCAAAGUCACCCCACGUUGUCUCGGAAAACGUGACUAUGGAGUACAUUCAGGAAAUAUCGCAGUAUCGCGAGUCUUCGGCGAGACAGAGCAAACAGGAUGAAGUGUCGAAUAAUAAGAGCCCAGAUGAUGCUGGAAUAGACUCUGGAGACGACCUGUUCAUAACUCAAAAGCCAGUACCUGAGCCUGUGAGGCCAAGAAGACAACGUUCUUGCAACCUGAGGUCUCCCAGAGACGGAGAGGAGGAUGAAAGUGAUUCUUCAUCGUCCUCUUCCAACAGUAAAUCUUACAAGAAGAGGAGUAAAAUAAAGAGAGUUACACUGCCAAAGUACAGCUUUCCCUUCCUCCCACAGAGGAAUAGGUCAAAGAAUCCUCAGUUUACUAGGCAGCUUACUAACAGGCAGAACAUAACCCUUCAUACUUUUUCAAUGGGAGGCUUCUUUAAAUGUGUCAGAGAGCUGUGGCAGGACUAUGACAAAGGAGAUGAUGUGCCGUCAUCUUUACCUACAAUGGACAUGGAUGGGGAGUACAUAUCGCCAUUGUCAGAAGAAGAAGAAAGGUCAGAAAGUGUGGACAUCAAAGUGGUGGAAAGGAAAAGAUUUGUUGCAGCAUCAAAAGCAAAGGGCACAAAGGGCAUCACACAGAAAAGCAACAGGAGCGUCAAGGGACAGAGAGGGAAAAGCAAUAAUGACGGACGAGGAAUGUCACUUGGAAGACAAAGGAAAACAGGACAAAAAACACAGGCUGAGGAAUCCACAUUAAAGGAUAAGGUCCUGUUUUCAGAUACCGAGAGCUCUGAUGAUGGUGGUCCUUCUCGUGGCGCUCAGGCUGAAAAGAGGACCAGUCACACAAGUAUCCAGGCCCAAACUGAACCACCACGGACAGAGAGACGUCUCACCAGAGCAAACAAGAGGUUGGCUGAAAGACAAGAAAGGGAAGAUGAGCUUCGUCACGGCAGUGGUGCUACAGUUAGUGAACUACUGGAGCUACAGAAAAGUCCAAGGUAUGGCACACUAAAUGGCUCAGAAGUAUCUCUGAAUGUAACAGAGCCACAAGCAGGUGUUUCCCACACAGAUGAUCUAUCCCAGACAGGACAAGCAGAAGAACAAUCUGAAAGCCAAAGCCUUCUUCUUCGAAGUUUCCCACGUGAGAUUACUAAUGAUAUUAUGUACAGUGAAAUGCGAGGAGAGGAGAAGAAUAAAUCAAAAAGAGAUCAUGAACAUGUAGAAGAAACAUGCAGCCAGAGUCGGGAAGAGCCAGAGGGUCUUCCCACUGCAAGAUCUGUCAACAUGUCGGAGGAGAAUCCUCUGGCAACACAGAUCAGUGAUGAGAUGGAGAUUAAUGACGAAAACGGGAGAGAGAAACUGGUGUCCCUCUCUGAUGAUGACGCUGUGAGACACACUCCUGAUACAAAACAAGAAAAAAGGAAGAGAAAAAAGAAAAAAAGGACAGCAGAUCAUCUAGGGCAGGAGGAGGAUGGAAACGUGGAAUCUGAUGUGAGAUUGGAAAAGGACUCUCUGAGUUUAUUGACAAGUAUUGAGGCAAACGGUGGCAAAAAGAAGAAGAAGGAAAAGAGGCAAUAUAGUGAGGAUGACAAUAGUGUUGAGCCGCAACAAUCCGGCACAGUUUUAGAGCCUCUAAAUGACGACGCUGACACACCGAGGAAAAAGAAGAAGAAGAAAAAGGAUAAAGAAGAGGAGAUUGUAAUUGUAGACGAAGGUGAAGAAGACGCACAACUGAGUGUGAUGGAGUUGGAAAAUAUUGAAUCUUCUCAGGAAAGAUUGGCGAGUACUUGUGAAACGAAAAGAAAAAAGCACAAAAAGAAGCGGCAUACUCCUCCUGAUGAUGUUAUAGUGGAACCUGAAAAUCGCGAAGCUCCGUCUCAUGACACAACCUUGGAAGAAAGCACAGCGCAGUCAGUGAACAAGAAGAAAAAGAAAAAAAGGGAAAACCUCUCAGAGGAUGAAGCUGUUUCUUGCACGACUGACCAAAAGGAAAAGGUUGAUGAUGCUGAUAAUACACUGACAAUAACGGAAGGGCCUGACAUUGAGUAUGCUGAACUGGUGUCUAAGACAAAGAAGAAGAAGAAGAAGAAGAAAAGUGACAAAUCUUGCAGAAAUGUCACAGAAGACACCGUGACACAAAGCGACGGUUCUGUGUCUGCACGGAAAAAGAAAAAGAGGAGGACCUCUUCCUUCCUCGAUGCUGAUGCAGAGGAAAAAGAUGCUCAGACACAUGGGGAACAAAGAAUCUCCUGAUUCAAAAUCUGUUGCCGCUCCCGUCGUCUGUGGUGUGGGAAAGCUCAGUGUCAGCACGAGUGCUGUUGAGACUGAAUCAGCAGAAAGAGCUGGAAGUUCAGAAGAAUCUCAUGUUGUGGUCAGGAAAAAGAAAAAGAAGAAUGUGGCAAAAACUGUCGUUAGGUGUGUGAUGAGGAAAUAAAGUUGGAGAAACAAA